GAAUAAUCUGCAGUGAAUCUAGUGUUAAAAAGUGAAUCAUUCAAAAUGCACCGGCUUCUUACUCUGAUCCUGUGUGUGAUUACUGUCCAGGCGCAGCUCGAUACGUUCGACUACUGCAUCCGUAUGACUCCUUCCCCCGGAUUGCUGCAAUGUGCCGGCCAGCAAGCACUCUCGUCGCUGCAGUUUCUAGAGGAAGCGAACAACUUCACACUCACCAACGGAUUGCUCAUGAUCAAGGAUGAGUCGCUAGUUCCAUCGUCACGCAUCAUCCCCAACAUCGUUGACCACGAUCCGCUCGAUUUCAGAGGAAUUCUGGAGAAUGCAGGUGCCGUGAUGGCGCAGCGGCAACUACUCUGGGACAUGGGCAUCAUCUAUCCGGGACUGAAGCUCAAGCUGGGCCCAACCAUUGGUGCAGCCGGGCUGCUGGAAUUUGUGCUCGAUCCGUCCGUGCAGAACGACGAACGGUCGCUGUUCGAAGAAAAAUCGACAGCACGGAUACUAACCAAAAGCUUCGUGGUGCCAUUUCUGCUCGGGCUUAAAUUCAACCUGGCAACACUGCUGCCGCUCGUAUUUGGCGGGCUCAUCCUACUCAGCAAGAAGGCGCUCAUCCUUGGCAAAAUAGCGCUUUUCCUUUCCGGUUUGUUCGGAUACGGGUCAUUUCUAACGCCUGCCCUGUACGGCGGCGGAUACGGUGGUUAUGGGGGAGGUUUUACCGGUGGUCACGGUGCCAUCGGUGGAUUCGGGUUCGGCGCCAAACCCUUCCGUUACAACAACCCUCUCGCCGACAGUCCCGACUUUGACAAUCAUCAACAUCAUCACCAUCAUCAUCACGAUGACUACCACCAUGGUGCUGGAACGUCCCAGGAUUCGCAGACCAGCGGCGGGUACUACAAAAAGAAGGACAAGUUCCUCAAUCUGGAUGAGCGCGUUGAGCCACAAACGGCGUCCUCGCUGGUGGACAAAUUCUACGAGUACGAGAAGCAACAGAUGCUUAAAGACCGAACGGCACGACUGUUUGAACGAAAGUUUUACGAGCGGGAGCAACCUCAUGCAGGUGGUGGAUCCGCUGGUCCUGACUAUCCCUUCGUCACUCCAGACUUGGCAACGGAGCGCAACGAACGUUCACUACCGGACGGUGGUGAUGGAUCUAGCAGGCGGAACUUUGCCUGGAGCGAUCACUAGUGCAGGAAAGCGCAAAUUGACGCGUUCAAAGAAAGCGUACCAAACAUCGUAUGUCUCAGUAUUAAGAGCAUUUUUCUGCUAAAUGCUUUUGAACCAUUGGCAAGCUGGUGAUGAGUUUACAUAUUAACUAAUUUGCUCCGAGUUUGUAGCAUCGGAGUAAGUCUCUACUGUAUUUUCAUUAUAUGAAAUUUUUACUUUUAUAUUUUCUUUUAAAAUAAAAUUAAUUUACACAACCAACUUAA